AGCGAGGACAAAGCCAGGCAAGGGGGAGACUUGGGCUGGAUGACCAGAGGCUCCAUGGUGGGACCUUUCCAGGAAGCAGCGUUCGCCUUGCCCGUGAGCAGUAUGGACAAGCCAGUGUAUACAGACCCUCCUGUCAAAACAAAGUUCGGGUACCACAUUAUCAUGGUGGAGGGCAGAAAAUAA